AUGGGCGAAAUACAUGUUGAGAAUGACAAGAAAUUGUUUCCGAAACGUGUAGAAUUUGUCUCUCGUCACGAAAAUGAGCUUGUCUACGGAGCAAAAACUCGAGACAUCAAGGAAUGGGCACAAGAGAUCCACGAUUGGAAGCCUACUCAGGACUCUGCAUUCAUGCCCUAUGAAGAAAUCAACGCUCGAGGCGAGAGGGUUUUAUGUCGUACCGAAAACUUUGUGGACGUUCAUCGUGGCUUCAAUGAUUUACUGCGAAGCGAAAAGUUGCUGAACAUACUCGCUCAACUUUCUGGCGAGCCUAUGCUUUUGUUCAAGGAGAAAAUUAAUUACAAGCUCUCCGGGAGUGGUGGCUUCGCUCCACACAUUGACGCUGUAGCGUAUACUCAUGUCAAGAACAUCAAGCACCUCACUAUCUUGCUGGCUGUGGAUGAGACCAACAUGAAGAACGGAGGCCUUGAAGUAGUUGAUGGCAGCAACGCCAUGGACAUACCCAUCAAUGAGAAAGAUCAUUGCAUAAGCCAAGAUUGGGUGAAGGAACAGAUCUGGACGCCCGCUGAACUCGAGCCAGGUCAACUGUUGAUUUUUGGCUCCUAUCUUGCCCACAGGAGUGGCGUCAAUGCAAGCAGCGGAAGUCGCAAAGCGAUAUAUGCAACGUACAAUUGCGCAAAGGAAGGCGAUCUGCGCAAGGCAUAUUACGAAGACCGUGCUAGACUUUGGCCUGCUACGCACAAGAGAAAGGAGGGUGAGUCGUAUGCGGAAGGCUCCUUAAGAUAUGGUUUUGGUAGCCCAAUGCUCAGCGUCGAAAGCGGAAGACAGCUGGUGUUUUAG